AUGGCGUGGACCAUUCUAGACUUCCCUUACCAGCUGCACUUCUCUCUGUGCCCUGUGAAGGGCUCCUCACUGCCGACCCUGCUAGUGCGCAACAUUGUGCAAAAGUGAGGCCCAGUUCCAGCUUAGCACACACAGCCCUUUCUCAGUGUAGCCCCCUCCAUUGAUGUUAGUGAGAGCAUGCAGGUGAGGGUGGACUUCCUUCCCAAGACUGAAGGAGACCACAACGAGGACCUGCUGCUUUGUUUCUCCUCCGGGGAGGAUGUUUACAUCAGUCUGUGUGGAGUGUCAACAGACGUGAAUGUGAGGCUGGCUAGGAACUCUGUCAUAGUGGAGACAACCUACAUUUCCAUGGACAACCAAAGCUCAGUCUCCAUAGUGAACAGGAGUGAUACUAUAGUCCACUAUCAGUGGAAGAGAUGUGCCACUGAACAGGAGGAGGAGCAGCAGAAGCUAAGGUUCUGUUCCGAGCUGCAGCGGGAAGAGGAGGAUGAGAUGGAUCAGUUCCUGACAGAGUGUGACGCAGACCCCACUCCGCCUGUCCAUGCUCUCACGCACCUUCCAAGACCGACGCAGGCAGCUGAAGGAGAAACGGCUGUCCUUCUCAGACAACUACAUCAUAGUGGAACCUCUGGUGUGCUAUGUAGAGACGGGAUGGAGGGAGGAUGGGGGCAUUUUACUGUGAGCUGAUAGCAAAUGUUCUCUUAUAGGGAGUCCAAUGGUUUAUGGUACAGUAGCUUUGGUGCCCAUGCCCAUUGACCAACAGUCUAAACAAACGUAAUGUGUUUGUCUUAGCUUAUGGUCUAAUGCAGGCUAUGCUACAGUACACAGUAUCACCAAGGCUGAAUUACAUGAUACCUAAUCCCCCUCUGGGAUUAUAGACUUUACUCAGUAUGUGAGUCACAAAGUGCAUGCAAAGUGCAUUUAAGGGAUAGUUUUCUCAAAUGCCAUCAUGUUUUUUUACACAGCAGUAGCUAGGCCAACUUGCAUACCAAAAUCCUCCCAUAGUAUCCUCAUGCUUAUUUCGUUUGCCCUGUAAUCCCUAAGGAAAGGGAUGCACUUUAUCGCAUUAUACCCUGUACCAGCAUUCUGUACCAACCCCUAUAACUCAGUGUGGUGUCUGCAGUGGUUGGGCGUAGGCCUUUGUUUUCCCGUUGCCUGGUUCACACCUCCAGCCUCUGGUGACAGUGACACAUCUGUCUCCGUGGAGUACUCAGCUGUGGUAGAAGACAAACUUUAGCACUUUGAUGAAAUAACUCCAACCUUUAAAAACACAUUUAAAACUCUCUCUGCAUAUCAUUUUGCCAUGCAGCUAGCAGUGAGUCACUGCUCCACAGCAGCUAUAAAAGUCCCCUGGAUAUUCCUAUAUUCAAUUUCAUAUUUUUCAUCCCAAUUUGUGUUGAAUUUUUUUGUGUGGCAGUGUGUGUGAGCACUUAUGAGUAGCCAUAUGUUCAGCAUUCACAAACACAGAGGGAGACUGUCCUUGCUGAGUCAGAGGCGUGGCCACUUGGAUCAGUUCAGCCUCUAACCUGAGCUCACCUGCUGUCUCGGAGUCUGACCGUUGGACUGAGAUGCCCCUGGGGAGACAGCCACUCAUUCUCUCAUCCAUCCUGACACCCAACUCUCCCCAGGCAUUUGUUAAGCACACUAUGUCCUCAGGGAAGUCUCGCCAACAUUUGCCCUUGAUGUCUCACUCUCCUGUCUGGUCAUGUGGUUUUGUGUCAGAGAGUUGGAAAGGAAGAGUGGAAAACAAACACAGACACCCUCCAAAUAAAGCCAAGCCUCCCAAAGACAAACUCUGCACCCAAGUAUUCUGUAUAGCACCUUGAAGAGGUGUGCUCUGUCAGCACAGAGUGAGGCCAGAACCCCACUGUUACCCUAAGGCAAACUUGUCCUUCUGCUCUCCAGAGGUCUGCUGAUUAUGAUUACAUUAGUGUCUUUCUAAGUACUACAUUAACACCCAGCUGCUUUUCUUUUCCACUGGAUGACUUGAUCUAUUUGAUAAAGACACUAUCAUUUGGACAGAAGCUUUAUCUUUCAGCAGACAUAAGUUGUCUUUGAUGAUGAAGAAUAAUACUUGGAUUAUGGGAGUAUUAUAAUAUAUAAUUUUAUAUGACACGGAAUACAAAUAUAAACUCAACAUGUAAAGUGUUGAUCCCAUGUUUCAUGAGCUGAAAUAAAAUAUCCCAGAAAUGUUC